CAUGAAAUUCAGAUAAUUUUCCACUUGUUCAUCAAGAUGGAAAACUCGGAUUCCGAUGAUGAGGGAGAUGGCGUUUCAGUCCAACGCAGAAGUCAGAUGGACCGACUGGUUCGGGAAGAAGAUUUCUACCGAUUCGUAACUAAUCUGACUGAAGAAGAUUACAAACUUAUGAGGGACAACAAUUUGCUAGGCACCCCAGGUGAAAGUACGGAAGAAGAGUUGCUGAGAAGACUUGAACUAAUUAAAGAAAACCCACCACAAAACUCAGAUGAAAAUACAGGUGGAGGAGACUCUUCAGAUGAUGUGUCUAGUGGUGAGUCUACAAUAGACUCGCCUAACUCUUUUGGACAAACUGAAAAUGUGACAAGUGGACAAGGAGAAAACCAAUCUCGGAGAGAAGUGAGCCAAAAUAAUCCUAACAGUGAUGAGUUCAGAUUUGGUUUAGAAAUAAAUUUUAACCUUGAUAAUGAGAACCCAAAUCCAGAGAAUGAAUAUGUAGUACCUGCAAGACUUCCCAGAAGAGAAAAUAUGGAAGACAGCCAAAGGCAAGUGCAAAAUCCACAAUAUGAAUCAAUAUUUACAAGACCAUCUACAUCAGAACAAGAUACAACUGACGCAUUAAUGGAAUUCCCACCUACCAGAAGUCAAAAAAGAACAAGAAGUAGGAGCCCAGACUCUUGGAGAACCAGAGCAAGAAGUGAAAGUUGGUCAGCUCCAGAUUCACUAUGGGAAAUUUACCAAAGAUUUGGUUAUAGUAUAGCAUCUCAGACUCUUGAGCAGCCUCUGGUAAGUGAGAAUGAGAGCUUUUCUAGAACUGAGCACCAAGAAACAUUGAGACAGCAAAUGACUGGACUUGAGUUUCAAAAUAGGGGUCUUAUUGAAACUUCUAGAACAAGGAAUGCCGUUCAUGGAGAAUAUUCUCCAGAUACAACCAGCAGUGGUGAAUCUUGGCAACUGAGGGAAAUAAAUCCAACCAUACCCUUCAGUCUUGAAGUAGGACAAGUUCAUUCUGGAGCAUAUUCUCAAAGAGACAGCAUAGCUAGUACAACUCAGUUAACAUCUGAGACACCAAACAACACUGUCACUUUAGAAAGUGAACAAGGAGGACUGAGGCAUAUGUUUUCACAUUCUGAGCAGGCAGAUGUGAGAGCUUGGGUCAAUACCAUCAGAAAUCCCAUUCGUAGAAUUUUAGAUACUAGCUUAAAUGAUACAACAUCUAUUCCAAUUCAGAGCACGUUAAGGCAGACAGUGACAGGAUUUAGUGACUCAAGUAACCUUAUGGACGAUGACAGUAAUUUAGAGCAUAGUUUCUCACCUCCAAGUCAAAACAUGGAAAGGGCAGAGUCACCAAAUAGAAGUAAUGGUUCUCAGGAUUCUAGUAGUAGAUCUUGGGGUUCUGAUUCAGAUCCUAGCUAUGGUCCCUAUUCAAGUUCCACACAGAUUUCUAGUUCUAUCAUCAAUUAUAUGUCUAGUUCCAGUUCUAGUCCUAUGUCCAGUUCCAGCUCAAGUGAUGAAAAUUCAGAUAUUAGCUCACUGCUGUUUGAAGGCAGUGAAGAAAGAAGCUUAUCAUCAGGCUUACCAUCAGAGACCAGGGAAGAGGGUAGACAAAUGACCCCAGUAAUAUUUGAUGACAGUGACUCUUGGCCCUCCCUUAAUCUGGACCAGAUUUUCCUCUUAAAUGAAGAUGAUCAAUACCAAUCUACAGGACUCACCAAAGCACAGAUUGACAACUUGGCUGUAAGAUCUUUUGGUGAAAAUGAUGCAUUGAAUGCCUGCAGCAUUUGCAUUACAGAGUACACAGAAGGCAACAAGCUUCGCAUCCUACCUUGCUCCCAUGAAUAUCACAUUCACUGCAUUGAUCAAUGGCUGUCUGAGAAGUCUACCUGUCCUGUUUGUCGUCGGCAAGUGGUGGAUUCCAGUGAGAGAGAAGAUUCUGAUUGA